GCCAAAAAAAGAGAAAGAUAUGACAAAUAUCACAAUUUAACAUUGACGCCACAUUUAAAAACCUAAAAAGAAAAUAAAUGUGCUGUCCUUUUUGACCAAUCCUAAAAAUUUGGUUUGUUUUUGCACCCUUAUGUCAUGCAUCCUGGCAACUUGUCUGCUGCAUUUUCCCUUUUUGUUUGUUCUUGUUUUGUUUUUUCUUUCUUUCUUUCUUUCUUUUUUAUGGCCCCAUUCCCAUUUCAGAGAACAAACUCCACUAACUGAUGAACAGUUGGUAGCAGGGUUUUCUGAUAGUAUUCUUGCCACCAUCUUGGCCACCAAGUCUGAUAUGUGCGGCAAGAAGUUUGAACUAAAAAUAGACAAUGUGCGCUUCGUCGGACAUCCAACCUUACUGCAGCCUCCACAUACUGUUCAGGUCUCCAAAACUGACCCCUCCCCCAAAAGAGAACUGCCCACCAUGAUCCUGUUCAGUGUCGUUUUUGCAUUAAGGGCCAACGCAGACGCCUCAGUCAUCAACUGUAUGCAUAACCUGUCUCGUCGCAUUGCCAUCGCCCUGCAGCACGAGGAGCGCAGGUGUCAGUACCUCACCAGAGAGGCCAAGCUCAUGCUGGCUGUGCAGGACGAGGUCACCACCAUGCCUGAGACGGACGGCACCCCACAGUCGCCGUUUCGCCAGAUCCUUCCCAAGUGCAAAUUAGCAAGAGACCUAACCGAGGCCUAUGACAGUCUCUGCACAACUGGAGUGGUUCGGCUUCACAUUAAUAACUGGCUUGAGGUCAGUUUCUGCCUGCCACAUAAAAUCCAUCGUGUAGGAGGGAAACACAUCCCACCAGAAGCUCUUGAGUGCAGCCUAAAGGCCAUUCGGCCGUAUCACGCACUGCUGCUCCUGGACAACGAGAAGACCUUACUGGCUCAGCUCCCACUGGACUGCUCUCCUGCUCUGGUCCGGCUCAUUAAGACCUGCUCAGCCGUGAAGAACCUGCAGCAGCUGGCUCAAGACGCUGACCUGGCUCUCCUACAGGUCUUCCAGAUAGCUGCACAUCUGGUAUACUGGGGUAAAGCCAUCAUUAUCUAUCCUCUCUGUGAGAACAACGUGUAUAUGCUCUCUCCCCAUGCAAACAUCUGCAUCUAUUCUCCUUUGGCUGAGCAGUUUGCCCUCCAAUUUCCAGGCCAUGACCUGCCCUCCAUGUUAGCUAAAUUCUCACUUCCUGUGUCUCUGUCUGAGUUCAGGAAUCCACUAGAUGCCCCUGUGCAUGAGGCCCAGCUCAUUCAGAUGGUGGUCUGGAUGCUCCAGCACCGGCUGCUGUUUCAGCUGCAUACGUAUGUCUGUCUGCUGGUCCCGCCUAUUGAGGAGGAGCCUGGUCUGCGGGAGGAGGAGCUACCCCUAGUCACACGCGUUACAGGCCGGAGUCUGAGCACGCCCAGCGCCCUGAGUUUCGGCUCUCCCACAAGUAGCGAUGACAUGACCCUCACGAGUCCCAGUAUGGAUAACUCGAGCGCUGAGCUCCAGACUGGAGGAGACUCUCCUCUCAAUAAAAGAAUGACAGAAACUCUUCUGGCCAGCCUGACUGAACAUGAGCGGCAGGCCAUCCUCCGUGUCCCAGCAGCACAGAACCCCGAGGACCUACGCUUGUUUGCCAGGCUGCUGCAUUAUUUCAGAGGCCAUCAUCACCUGGAAGAGAUCAUGUACAAUGAGAACAUGCGUCGCUCGCAGCUGAAAACUUUAUUAGAUAAGUUUCGUAGUGUCUUGGUGAUAACCAACCAUGAGGACCCCAUCAUCUCUCUGUUUCAAUCUCCACCUGACUAAACGGAUCAUCAAGCAUGCAUUCAAUAGAGAGUGUUUGCUUAUCAUCAGUGGCUUAAAAAACCUAAUUCACGAGUGAAAUGCAUUCAUACAUGCUCUGUUUCAUAAGUGGAUUAUGAAGUGAGCCUUGCAUAACCUACUGUAUAUAGAUGUAUUGACCAAAGAUUUUUAUGUCGUCAUGAUUUUACCUUGUGGUUUAUUUUAAUAAACGAUUCAGGGGUUGUGAUGUAUUAU